AUGCCGAGAACAAGAGAUAUCCAGAGACCGAAAGCCCGGAACAUGAGAUACCCAAAGACUGGAAGACCGAGACAGAAGAGGAAAAGAUACCCAGAGACCGAAAGCCCGGGGCAGGAGAGUUCUAUACCCAGAGACCGAAAGUCCGGGGCAGGAGAGUUCUAUACCCAGAGACCGAAAGACCCCGACCGAAGAGAUACCCAGAGACCGAAAGACCCCGACCGAAGAGAUACCAAGAGACCGAAAGACCCCGACCGAAGAGAUACCAAGAGACCGAAAGACCCCGACCGAAGACCCAGAGACCGAAGACCCCGACCGAAGGGAUACCCAGAGACCGAGAGACCGAGGGAGCCCCCGGCGUCGGGACCGCGCGAGGAAUGGCCCCCUCGCGCAUAA